AGCAUACGUGUCCUUCUAUGUGGAUAUGGAGUAUGGACCCAUGAUCAAACAGUCCAACUGCUAACUGUCCUCGGACAAAAUAGGCCACAACUAUGUCAGCGUUGAGCUUCUGAUAUUUGUGUUUCUGUAAGGAUUUUGUCUCUCCCAUUCAUACUUACUCAUGGCUUUCGCUUCUCUUCAACUGGGAUUGUAUCCCAGAUUUCCUGCUUCAAACCCACCCGCAUUUCAUCAUUCCAAGAAAUCCCAAUCGGUUGUCUCCAACUCCUUCUGCACUGAUUCCGCUAAGAGACCAACAGACCCACGCUCAAGAAGCAUCUUUAUGAACCCCACCAAUCAAACACCUUUCUCUAGAAGAGUCCCCUUCUUGUCCAAUGGAAGGUUAAAGCUAGAGGGGCGAGCCGCAGGAGAAGGCGCCGAGUCUCUGGAUUCUGAUUCUGUAUAUCGAGAGGAAUUCAACUGGUCUUCUGUUAUUCUGCCAUUUAUCUUUCCAGCUUUAGGUGGUUUAUUGUUUGGCUAUGAUAUAGGUGCAACUUCUGGUGCUACCCUCUCCUUGCAGUCACCCGAGUUUAGUGGCACAACUUGGUUCAACCUUUCUGCUGUCCAGCUUGGUCUUGUGGUUAGUGGGUCCCUGUAUGGAGCAUUGUUUGGCUCCCUCCUUGUUUACCCACUAGCAGAUUUCCUUGGCAGGAGAAGGGAACUUAUCAUAGCGGCCAUUCUAUAUGCACUUGGUGGUGCAUUAACUGCAUCUGCUUCAGGCCUAACAGUUCUCUUGAUAGGGAGGCUUAUUUAUGGGCUUGGUAUUGGUUUGGCGAUGCAUGGUGCACCUCUAUAUAUUGCAGAGACUUGUCCAACUCAAAUUCGGGGAACCUUGAUAUCUUUAAAGGAGCUAGCAAUAGUUCUUGGAAUUUUGAUGGGUUAUUUUGUGGGUAGCUAUGAGAUUAAUUCUGUUGGAGGGUGGCGUGUGAUGUUUGGGUUUAGUGCUCCAAUUGCUGUACUUAUGGGGUUAGGCAUGUUGAGUUUACCGCCUUCUCCAAGAUGGUUACUUCUGAGGGCAGUUCAAGGUAAAGGGCCUUUACAGGAAUACAAAGAAAAGGCUAUAAGUGCUUUGAGCAAGCUAAGAGGCCGACCUGCUGGAGAUAAGGUGUCCGAGAAACAAAUAGAAGAUACGCUUGUCUCACUGAAGACAGCCUAUACGGAUGAGGAAACUGAAGGGAGUUUCUUGGAGGUGUUUCAAGGCCCGAGUUUGAAAGCAUUCAUAAUUGGUGGUGGAUUGGUCCUUUUUCAGCAGAUAACAGGGCAGCCAAGUGUUCUAUACUAUGCUGGUCCAAUUCUUCAGAGUGCUGGGUUUUCUGCUGCUUCUGAUGCUACACGGGUGUCAGUCAUUAUCGGCAUUUUCAAGUCACUAAUGACAGGGAUAGCUGUCCUAAAGGUCGAUGAUCUCGGGAGAAGACCUCUACUAAUUGGAGGUGUCAGUGGCAUUGCCGUAUCACUUUUUCUUCUAUCAGCUUAUUACAAGUUUCUUGAUGGAUUUCCUUUAGUUGCGGUGGCUGCUUUGCUUCUCUACGUAGGAUGCUACCAGAUAUCCUUUGGACCUAUCAGUUGGCUGAUGGUAUCAGAAAUAUUCCCACUGCGCACAAGAGGAAAAGGGAUCAGUCUUGCAGUCCUCACCAACUUUGGCUCUAAUGCUUUAGUAACCUUCGCGUUCUCACCUUUAAAGGAAUUACUGGGCGCAGAAAACCUUUUCCUGUUGUUUGGGGCGAUUGCUCUGCUAUCUGUCGUGUUCGUGGUAACCUCUGUCCCGGAGACCAAAGGGUUGAGCUUGGAAGAAAUUGAAUCCAAGUUUUUGAAGUGAAAAAACUUUUUGUUGAAGACUUUAGACUGUCCUUGUGUUGUGGAUGAGAUGAGGUUUUAAGUGUACAAAUUUCCACUAAUGUAAUAUAUAUUGUACAAAUACCAAUGUAUCUAUAACUUAACCCAAUAAUCCUACACCAUAAAGUUGAGUAUCUAACUCCCCAUUAUAGUAGUUGUGGUCC